AUGGGGAUGCUCAGAAGCUCCGUUCUGCAUCAGAUCCUUUCCACCCUGUUCGUCCUGGGCAGCACUACAGUUAUGACGGACGUUGGAUGUCCAGAUAAGUGCUCCUGCACGCCCUCGCCCCCAGCCUGCCCCCCCGGCGUCAGCUGGGUGACCGACGCGUGCGGCUGCUGCAAAGUGUGUGCCAGGCAGUUCAAUCAAGACUGCAGCGUCUCAGAACCCUGUGACCACAUCAAGGGUCUGCGCUGUCGUCUUGGGGCGAGAGGAGACCCCGACCGAGGACUCUGUCGAGCGGAAGCCUUCGGUUUGCCCUGCGCUUUCAACGGCCGCGUGUACCAACACGGCGAGGACUUUCAGCCCAUCUGCCAGCAGCAGUGCACCUGCAUGAACGGUGUGGUGGGCUGCAUGCCCCUCUGUCUUCACCAAGUCCCCGUGCCCCAGUGGAGGUGCUCAAAACCCCGGCUGGCCCAGCCCAAGGGCUGCUGCAAGGAGUGGGUGUGCGACGAUGACAACCAUAUCGGCGAGGAGACAGGGCCGCCAACAUACCCGUCCCUGCCAGACAGCCAGCUCCAUCCAAACCACAUCGGUGCUCCACUGCAAACCCAGCUGCAGCCUCACUACCUGACUGCCAGCAGCCGGCCGACAGCAUUCAUAGAGAAUCUUAAAGAGAUGGCGUCCGUUUCCACAUCUGAGGUGUUACUUGGCUCGCACUGCCUCCCACAAACCACUGAAUGGACUCAAUGCUCCAAAACAUGCGGGAUGGGCGUUUCGAGUAGAGAGACCAACAACAACCUGGAUUGCCGUCUGGUCAGAGAAACCAGACUGUGCCAGAUCCAGCACUGUGAGUUUGGGCUCCCUGUGCUCAGCAAGGGGAAGAGGUGUCAGCGAACAAUCCGUCCACAGGAAAUGGUCCGAAUCGAGUUCGGUGGCUGCUCCACAGCCCGGCGGUAUCGCCCCCGCACCUGUGGGGCUUGCACCGACGGCCGUUGCUGCGUCCCCUCCCUCACCCGCACCGCCCGGCUCCGCUUCCGCUGUCCGGACGGAGAGCGUUUCUUUAACGUGAUGCUGAUUAAAACCUGCAGCUGCAGGCCAGGUUGUCACACAAACAACGCACCCCCCGGCACUUCUCUGAGCCUCUACAAUGACAUCCACACCUUCAGUGAUUAA